UUCAAGUUUGCAGAAACUGAAUAGAAAUGCUAUUCCCAUGCCUUGGGUAAUCUCUUCUUCUGCAGCAAAUACAUUGGAAAGCAUGCCUUCCCUUAUUAAUGUGGAACAUGCUGGUACAUCAGGUAUAUCCACAUUCCCAGCGUCAGUUCUAGCUGAUGAGGUAGAACCUAGCACUGAUGAGGAACAUGCUGCUGUAUCAAGUACUUCCACAUUCCCAUCAUCAGUUCCAGCUAAUGAGGGAAAAGCUUCUGUAACUGAAGAGAUACAUGCAGGUACAUCAAUUUCAUUAUCAGGUAUGGUUUUUGCUUUCAAUGAAAAUCUUAAAACUUUUAUUCAUUUUGUAUGUAAGAAUUGUCAUUAGACAAUUUCUGACUUAUUAUCAUCACUGAUCAUUAUUACAUAUCAAGUAUUGAGGUGUGUCAGCAAACUUUUUCUAUUAUGAAUAAAUGUAAAAAUCAUUUGUCUAU